GUUGCUCCGCAGGACUGUGUGAUCCCUCUGGACAGCGAGGCCCUGAGCUCCUGUAAGCAGCAUGACGUGCAGCCCUGGCUCCAGGCCCUGCGCUACACGGUGUUCCAGAGGCGGCUCCUGCUCAAGCUCAAAGCUGAUAUAUCAGAGCCGACUCCUGAGAGCAGACAUAUCUGAAACUGUCAGGGAGGAACAAUGGUUACCAUCUCUGAACCGGACCCUGGACUCUCUGAGGAACCUGGGGACACGUCUUUGGACCGGAGGGAGCGCAGGAAGAGAAGAUUUGCUGGUAGAGCAAAGAAGAAGGCGAAGUCCAGACGCCGGGGAAGCCGUCAGAGAGUAACAAUGGUCACCAUCUCUGAACCGGACCCUGGACUCUCUGAGGAACCUGAGGACACGUCUUUGGACCGGGAGGAGACCAGGAAGAGAAGAUAUGCUCUAUGGUUUCACAUCACUGUCAUUGUGAGCAUCGGACUGCUGAGUAUUCUCCUCAUCUCCCUGCGCUUCAACUCACCGUCACCCUGGAGGGAGGGGAGAGAGCACUUACUGGAUGAACUCGAUGAAUUGACACUUCAGGGCUGGAUGUUUCACGACAAGAGUCUCUACCGUGUUUCUACUACUAAGAAGGGCUGGAGGGCCAGUAGAGAAGACUGUCAGAAGAGAAAGGCAGACCUGGUGGUCAUCAACAGCAGAGAAGAACUGGCGUUUGUCAGCAGAUUGAUGGGUUCUUCCUGGAUUGGACUGAGUGAUCGAGAGAAAGAGGGGACCCACAAGUGGGUGGAUGGUACCCCCAUGACCUCAAGUUGGAGACACGUUAAACCACGCGAUGACGGUGGAGCAAGAGACUGUGUCGUAGCAGGGGAGGACGGCUGGUCUGAAGAACCGUGUAACAGAUCCGUGCACCACUGGAUCUGUGAGAAGGUCGUAGACCUGGAUCAUCUGGAGGCUGAGCGGAACAAAGAGGGUUCAGUGAUGCCCACGGAGGAGGAGGAGGAGGCCCCCAGCAUCACAGAGUUCCACUCCUCUACCCACGUGUUGCCCGUGGGCCAAACGGCCCGCUACACCUGCCACGCCGGAGCCCACAGUAGAGUGGCUCCACAACGGCAGGCCCCUGGAGAGGGACGGCACAGACGACCAAUCAGAGGCCUGGGUGGAGAGGGGCUUCCUCUUCGUCAGCGGUGGGAGGUACGGCGUGAACACGGUCUGCUGCAUGGCGAGCAACAGCGCUGGCACGGCCAAUCACAGCGCUGAGCUGCUUGUCUUUGAGCGCAGGAGAACAGUACUAGUGAUGAUGAUGAUGAUGAUGAUGAGGAUGAAGAGUAGUUCAGCAGCUCAUCAUGUCUGGUUCUCCCUCAGAAGCCUGUGACCUCACACUGGACCCCAACACGGCCUACAGACUCCUCUCUCUGUCUGAGGACAACAGGAAGGUGACGCGGGUUGGAGAGGACCAGUCGUAUCCGGAUCACCCAGACAGAUUUGACUCCAGGCCCCAGGUGUUGGGUAGAGAGGCUCUGACUGGCCGCUGUUACUGGGAGGUAGAGAGGAAAGGAUGGGUUGAGAUAGGAGUGACAUACAGAGGAAUCACAAGGAGAGGAGGGGGUUGUCACAGCUGGCUUGGAGGGAACAACAAGUCCUGGGGUCUUUAUUGUUCUGAUGGUGGUUACUCUGCCCGGUACAACGGUACAGAGACAGCCCUCCCUCUCCCCCCCGCUGGCUCCACCAGAGUAGGAGUGUAUCUGGACCGGCCUGCUGGCUCUCUGUCCUUCUACAGAGUGUCCCCAGGUGGAGGAGGGUCCUCAGACACACUGACACACCUCCACACCUUCUGGUCCUCCUUCAC